CAUCUAUAAAGCGCACGGCGACUUUGCAAAUAUGUUUCGCUUUCAUGACAUCCCGAACAUCUGAACACUGAUUUUAUUCCAUGAAGCAGCUGAAACAACAUUUAGAAAUGGCUUUUGAUAGCCAAAUAAUAAUAAUAAUAAUAAUAAACAUGCACGGACAUUUGGGUGGGGGACGGGGCUCAAGUGAGAAAAAAGGGCACAUCUUGUAAUUUAUUCCGUAAUAAAUAAUAUUUCAGUACCCUUACACACAGAAUUGUUGAAUAUUUCUACAAAAUAACAAAGAGAGUUUUUUCACUUCGUUUGUCACACGAGUAAGCAAGAACAAAAGAAGCUGUGACGCCAUGUGUGUGUGUGUGUGUGUGCGUGUGUUUGUAUGCUACUUGUCUCUAGUGAAUAUUUAGGAUGAUUGGCUGUAGCCGGGAGAGGUACAUGGCAAGAAUUUUCAGAUAUAGCAUCAAACUUUGUUUAUUUUUGCCCAAGCCAAUCAAAUCUUUAAUUGGUGCCGUUUUUGAAAUAACCGGUACUUGAAAUGAAACUUGCACUGGUGAUAAAAGACUGCUCUCUCCAUAACUACGCAAACGAAAGUGGAAUUCGGCCAAUGUGUCGUUGCAGCCAGCCUUCAUUUUGAUGAAUGAGGUGACAAUUAACACACCAAUGUUUUUUUUUUAUAGCAUUGACAUAAUGAAAGAGACUGAACUGUAGUGACCCGCUUUGUAAUCCUGUCUGCCCAGGAAUCAGACGAAGAGCUUUAGUUUUCACCUCGCAUGCGCACGCUAGCAAGGCACACGAAAUCUGUAUUAAGAGCACAAGCUUUAAAACGUGGGUUUCGUUCCCGUCGGAAGUUAGUUCCAUAGGUUCACCAGGUUUUACGUGACAAGCCGGCAAACAUGUGACUGUGUUGUUCUGAUGUGACCUCGUUAAGGUGGCGAGUGUUCCUUGAAAGCCGCGUCUAAAUAUAAAUGUCGACAUUGCCGUGCCCUCUGAUGUUAUUCGCUCGUGUGAGACGCCGCCGCCGCCCCCACCCCCACAUCGGCAAGUCUCAGCCCAGCACCCCCACCCCUCAUUUUAUGUGUGUCACAAUUUCAGCUGCCGCUCAAUUGCAAGGGCCUCUUGUUUCUCCAGAACAUUUGUUUACUUUCCUGGUAUUAAGUAUAAUGCACACUCAGAUAUUCCUGUCCGGAUGUCUGGCGGGGGUCUUCACAACAGUCAUCGUGGCUCCGGGAGAGAGGAUUAAAUGCUUACUGCAGGUGCAGGCCGGCGGUGGCCCGUCCAAAUAUUCCGGCCCUCUUGACUGCGCCACACGUCUCUACAAGGAACAGGGCAUCCGCAGCGUCUACAAAGGGACGCUGCUGACACUCAUCAGAGAUGUGCCUUCUAACGGUCUAUAUUUCCUGACUUAUGAAUACCUGAAAGACCUCCUGACUCCAGAAGGUCAAAGUGUUUCCCAGCUUGGCGCCGCCUACAUCCUGCUCGCCGGCGGCGUGGCUGGAAUCUUGAACUGGACCAUCGCGCUUCCCCCAGACGUCCUCAAGUCCAACUUUCAGACAGCCGCAGACGGCAAGUACAGAGGACUGGUGGACGUCUUGAGGACGCUGCUUCGAGAAGAAGGCGCCAAAGCGCUCUACAAAGGCUUCAACGCCGUCUUUCUCCGUGCCUUCCCCGCCAACGCCGCUUGUUUCUUGGGCUUCGAAGUGGCCUUGAAGGCUUUGAACUGGCUGGCCCCUGGCUGGUGAACCAGCCAACUUCGCUGGCCAACUAAGUGCUUGGAACGUGCCUCUGCGCAAUUGCAUUAUUUGUAAUCACGUUUACACGGAGCCCCAGACAUCUCAUGGGGAGAAACGUUGUAAAUUGCGGCCACAAUAUCGUGUGUACAAAAUGCUCAUUUGUGGCCACAAAGUAGCUGUGGCUCUGAACUGACCAGCUGGGCUAACAUGUACACGUUCUUGCAAAAAGAUAAGUUAGAAGUAGAGUCCAGGCCUAAAGGUAUUCACUGGACAGGUAUAGUAUGAUUGAAUUUAUUCUAUUUGAGCGACUGAGAUAUUCUGAAUAGAGUGGCAUUGCAAAGAAAUCAUUACAGAUAGCCAUUUAACCCGUAAAAAAAUGAGUAAUCAAAAGUUACGUUAGGACGUCUUAUUGUAUUUUAUAGCCAAGGUGCACUCCAAUUUGCGCAACCUAGUUCCGUAUUUGGCAAAACAGGUCGAAGCACUUCCUCCCGGUUCGGGUGAAUGGUGAAUGGGACCGUGACAAAGCACCUGUACAAUGUUUUUUUUUUUUUAAACACAAGAUGUCACCAAAGAGCUACCAAAGAUGACAAUACUCAAUGUUUAAGUUUCAUUCGUGUUUAUAUAUUAAUUUUGGUAUUUAUAAAUGAAACUGUACAUAUAAUGAAGUGUUGUCCGGGGACACCAGUCGUAAAGAAAACUAAAUAUCAGCAAGUUCGGCUUCAAACAAUUACGUCUAUAAAAAUGCAGUCAUGCUCGUUAGGGUAGCAUGCACAGGAAGUCAGCUAUCACGUUUCCGGGUAUGGUCACAUGACGUUCCACUUGUAGCUGAUUAAUACCCCCCGUUGCAAGUCUGGGGCUCUCGAUUUUUACGCCUUUUUGUUUGACUUGGUAGGUUUUUGGUGCUGAUCGUUUAUUUAAAUCAUUUUAAAGUGGGAUUGCAUGUGCAGUUUAGUGAACCUUUUCAAUAAAGUUUUUUUUGAAUUUAAAAGCACAAUUUUCAUAUGAUUCCUUGCCAAAUGAUGCAUUAGGUUAGCCGAAGACUAAACUGUUCAUGUCUGAAUGCUUGUUUGUCUAUGUUUUUUGAUUAAAUGUAUUUAUUAUGAACAUGUAAGAAUAACAAAAAGAGAAUAAAAGAGCCAAUAUUAAAAUAAAAUGGAAUUUAUAAAGUCAAGUUAAAUUAUGCGUAUUCACAAAGGAGUAGGAAGAAGUAAAAACUUAUUUACUCCUACCCCUAUCUCCACGAUAAUAAUAUAAAUGCAUUUUUAUUCCUAUAUACAAAUAAUGACGUUGGUAUGUACUGUCUGUUGCAUAUUAAUGAAAGGGGUGUGUGUGUGUGGGGGGGGGGGGAACCACAAGAAAAUAAAAUAAUAAACCAACAACCAUGGCACUACUGGCAAGAUAUAUUGUAGUAAAUCAAAUACUCUUUUUGUAUACUGUGACCAGAGUCAAAGUACCAAAUAAAUCGUUAUAAAGCACGAA